AUGGAUACCUCCAUCAACUGCACCAUUAUGUCAGACCUCUCUACCUCCGUAUUCCUGAAGUUAUCUCUAUCCAUCAACCUAUUCAUUUGUCUCUGCGGGUACCCGGUAUACUUAUGGGCGUCGUGGGUACUAUGGUCGGCGAAAAAUUCAAAAUUGUUGCAUGUCAACUUUAAAAUUAUCCUGCAACUUCAUUUGUUCGGUUUUUUAUUUCAUUGCACUGGACGAAUUGCUCUUCACGGGAUGGACUUGAUGAACUACAUGACAACUAUCGAUCCCUGUGAUAUGAUUCCGAAUAUUUAUAGAUGCUUCAUCCUCCGCCUGAUGUACAACUCAGGUCUAUGGCUAACCAACUCCACCGCCGUCUCCCUUAUCCUAGAACGGUGGUUAGCUACCAGAAGAAGUGUGACCUAUGAAGAGGAUACUGUGUUGAUUGGUGUCUUUUGUGCGGGCGUUCAGUUCGUUGUCGCCGCCCUCCCCCUUGCUUUCCUCUACUCCCAAACCAGAUUCCAAGGUGUCACCAUGUAUUACUGUGUCACUGCAGUCACCUCGGCUCCAUACUCUGCUCAAGUCGGUCCUACCGUCAGUAUCAUGUUUCAAGUGGCCGCCCUGGUUUCCUUCCAUCACUUACUACGUGUUAAUAAAGUACGGAUUGCUGACGCUUAUGAAAAACAAGAACCCACACUUCAGAAGCAACGGGAGCUCAAUAUGCAUACGUCGCUGUCAAAUCGAUACCAGCUGGAACAGAAUAUUAGCUCUAUAACCUGCCUGAAAACCUUCGCAGCCAUGGCAUUUGUCUAUAUCGUUUUCCAAAAUGCAUGUUAUAUUACACUCAUGCAAUUUGCAGCAGGACUAGAGAAAUACAAGUAUUAUGCAAUCUUAGAAAUUAACGGAUCCUGGCCCCUCUACGGCAUAAUUUCAAUAUUGGUGCUAGCGAGGACUAUGAAGAAGGUAUGA